AUGGCCGGGAAAGCGAAGCCGAAGAAGCACACCGCGAAGGAGAUCGCCGGCAAGGUUGCGGCGGCAACCACAAACAAGGGAGGCGGAAAAGCGGGUCUCGCGGACCGCCUGGGAGGCGCCGCAGGGCACGCCAAGUUCAAGUGCCCCUCCUGCGGCAUCCAGAGCCCAAGCAUCAAGUCGGCGGAGAUGCACUGGGAUUCGAAGCAUCCGAAGCUACCCUUCAAGCCCGAGGAUUGGUCAGACAUGCACGCGGUACACGGUGGGGUGACCACGCAGGGAGUCGCCGUCAAGGGUUCGUCGAAGGAGAAGACGAAGCAUGAGCUCGCGAAGAGUCAGUCCGGGCAGCAAAAGCUGAAGGAAAUCGAGCAGCAGAAGGCGAUGGCAAAGUUCCAAUAAUGA